CAAGCGCUUCCACAUCUUCAGUUUUCAGAGAUCACAGGGUGGAAGAAACACGGUGAAAUAAGACGAUUUUCGGAUAUUUUCCCACCCCUAAAAUAUACCUAAAAGGAUUUUUGCGCAGGCAAUAUGGUUGUAGUCACAGCAGGCGCCGGAGGGGCCCACAAAGUCCUCCUCAUAUCGGGGAAACAGAGCGCUUCGCCCGGCGCAACACAGGGCGGAUACAGCCGGUCCAUAUCUGUCAUGUUGCCUAACCAGCCCUCUUCUGACUCCGACUCCAACAAUUCUGGACCACCGAUGCGUAAGAGGCAGAGACUCACACAUCUGAACCCAGAAGAAAAAGCACUUCGAAGGAAACUGAAGAACAGAGUUGCUGCGCAGACAGCGAGAGACAGAAAAAAGGCUAAGAUGGGAGAGUUGGAGCAGCAGGUUUUGGAAUUGGAGCUCGAGAAUGAGAAACUUCACAUUGAGAACCGAAUGUUGCGAGAGAAGACGAGUGAUCUUCUGAGUGAGAAUGAAGAGCUGAGACAGAGACUGGGUUUGGAUACCCUGGAAACAAAAGAGAAGGUCGAGUUGAUGGAUUCUACGGUGAGCGAUUUGGAUUUGGUGACCGGGUCUUCUGAGUGCAGUACUCAGGCUACGUGUGCCUCCGCAGCAGGUGCAGGCCCAGCAGUUACCAAAUCUGAAGACUUCACCAUGGGUCCUCACAGCCCUGACUCUGCAGAUGUUGAGACUGAUCUCUUGCUUGGUAUUCUGGACAUCCUUGACCCAGAGCUGUUCCUCAAGACUGGCAUCCCAGAAGCACAGGAAGGCCAUCAGCAGUUUGUGCUGUCUGGGAGUGCAGGAGAACAAGUACCUGCCUCCCCACCUGCGGCUUUGGGGCCCGCACCAGCUAAGCUGGAGGCCCUUAAUGAACUGAUCCACUUUGACCACAUUUACACCAAACCUGCCGAGGUGGCGAGUGAGGAGAGCAUUUGCGAUGUCAAACCCGAGGCGGGUCCUGAGUGCGUCGCCUUCUCCGCAGACGAUGAGGAAAUCGAGGUGGAGGUCCAAACGGUGUCCGUCAAGGACGAGCCGGAGGAUGUGGUCAUCCCCAUGACAGAUGAGAGUCCGAACGGGGUCGACGACUUCCUGUCCGACGCCUCGUCCUUCAACGACUACGAGAAGACUUCGUACCUGACAGAUACAUACAGUGACUCUGGAUACGAAAGGUCCCCAUCCCCCUUCAGCAACAUAUCAUCCCCCCUCUGCUGUGAGAGCUCUUGGGAGGACAUGUUUGCUUCUGAACUCUUUCCCCAACUGAUCAGUGUCUAAAAAAAUGAUGCGUACAAAAUCAUUUGCAAACUUGCCUGCCUUUGCUCUUUUCAGUAUAAGUAAUUGCCACAUGCUUCAUAGUGA